UAAAUUCAUGUAAGAAAAAAUGUUCUGUUAAUUCCAUUAAUUUAAUCUUUUAGGGUAGUCCACCUUGGUAAUGUUCUAAAUACAAGACUUUUACAAAGAGGACACUAAGGAGUUGCCUGCGUCAAUGAAACGGAUCGUUUUCUUCUUCAAAACAUCUAAAAAAACAUCAACAUGACAAGUUCUGUAGUUCUUUUUAGUCUCGUUGUGAUGUUCUUGGGUAUUGUAACCUCUUUUACAAAUGAAACAGAUACUAAAGAUGGCAUAGUUGAGAAGAACAACUCUGAGUUUUUCACUGCAGCAGGUGAAGCAGUUUUGGAAGAGAAUUCGGCUGAGAAGAACAAUCUUGAAUUUCCCACUCUGCUAAGUGACUCAGUUUUGAAAGAGAAUCCAGCUGAGAAAAACAAAUCAGAAUUCCCCACGCUAGAAAAUGGCGCAGUUCUUGCUGAGAAUUUAGUUGAAAAAGACGAUUCUGAGAACCACACAAUUCCAGUUUUUGUAGAAAAUUUAGACGAAAACAACAGUUCAGAACCUUCCAUGUAUGAUGAUGAAUACAGCGGCAAGGAUGAAUUGUUCUUGUCGUGCGACAAAUGGGAUUAUGAUCCCACUGAAUUUGUGAUACUUCCAAACGGUUCAGCAUUCGUGUCAUCGAAAAACCUAACUUACGAAGAACCAUUUUACAAUGUAAUUAACAACUUUUUGGUAGUUUGCAUACCCGAAAAUAAUGGAGACACUAGCGAUGAAACGAAACCAGUCAGAUAUCUGUCUUUGACUGGAAUUGUCAUAUCGAUGGUGUGCUUAUCGAUGCAUCUUAUCGUUUUUUCCCUGGUGCCUGACUUGCAGAAUUUGCCCGGGUGUAAUCUGGCAUGUCUAUGUGCCUCUUUAUUGCUGAGCUACAUGUUCAUGCUCAUUGGUCAAGAUCGGGAAGAGGAUGGCUAUCCUAUCAUAUGCAUGAUAGCUGGUGUUUUGACCUAUUUCUUUUUCUUGGCUUCAUUUCUUUGGAUGUCCGUAAUUGCUUUUGAUGUGUGUCGCUCUAUUGUGUUAGCUGCUCGCAAAAUGAAGAUAACGAGGCAUGAAUUCAGAGUGAAAAAGUUUCUGUGGUACAGUCUCUUUACAUGGUGCACCGCCUUGGUGUUCACUGUAACUGCGGUAGUUGUUGAUAACGUGGAAGGGGUUGAAGGAAACUUUCGUCCCAUGUUCCGAGAUGCAUGCUGGUUCAAAGAGAAAGAAUCUCUUCUGAUAUUUUUUGCCGUACCCGUGGGUUUCCUUAUUUGCCUCAACGUUUUAUAUUUUGGAGUCAGCGCAUUCCUGACUUUCAAUAACCAAAUGAAAUCGAGUCUUGAAACUCAAGCUCAUAAUCUGAAAAAUCAUCUCUUAUAUUUUAGGCUUACUGUAAUCAUGGGAGUCACGUGGAUUACAGGAGUGAUAGCUCCCCUCGUGAAUGUCACGUGGGUUUGGUACCUGUUCGUUGUCUUGAACACUUUUCAGGGACUUUUCAUAUUUCUUGCGUUCACAUGUUCACCAAAAGUGAAAAAGUUCAUUCAACAGAAAUUGAUAAAUGUUCGAAGACCAUCACAGGCAACGCUAAAGCCAACAUUCCAGUCUUAUUGCAAUUAUUCAAGUUCGAAUGCGAAAACUUCAAACAAAGCCACCGUUUCUACAGAUACGCCUGUAAAGAAUGGCCUUGACAAAGCCACCGAUUUUGAGGAUAAGUCAUUAGAAAAAGGCCUAAAUAAAAUCUCCGAUUCUACAGAUAAGCCUUUAAAGAAAGGCCUUGAGAAAGUCACAGAUUUUGAAGAUAAGUCAUUAGAAAAAGGCCUAAAUAAAAUCUCCGAUUCUACAGAUAAGCCUUUAAUGAAAGGCCUUGAGAAAGUCACAGAUUUAGAAGAUAAGCUUUUGGAGAAAAGCCUAGACGAAGUAACCUAUUCUAAAGAUAAGUCUUCAGUGAAACCCCUAGUCUAAGUCGUCGACUCUACAGAUAACUCUCAGCUAAAGGAGGAUGUUGUAAUACAUCUGUAAUAUUUAUGGCUUUUGCACACACAUCAUUGUAUAUGAAGCAUUUGUACAAUGGAGUGUGUACGGAAAACACUAUAAUGGUUUGUAAUGGAUACCACUAUAAGAUAUGAUCCAUAACAUCGGUUCCCAAAUGGGUUACAGGGGUUCCGAGAAUUAGGAAUUUUUUUAAACGAGCAGUGUUUUUCAAAAUCUGUAAUUAAAUUUAUAUCCAAUUAAUAAUCCGUUAUUUAUUUAAUAUAUUCGUUAUUUUUAUGAAAUUACUUGAUUGAAAUAUUCGUGAAGAACGAAGUUUCAAAAGAACGUUUUUAUACUAACAAUAUAAAAAAUAAAUUACGAAAAGGAUAUUCUCUUGUGAAAAAUUCCAUUAGUAUUUCAAAUGGAAUAAAAAUACCAAAAUUCAAAAAAUAAAUAUAUGUUUUUCUGAGAUAUGUCUUCAAGUUUUUGCAAAAUAUAUGUAAAUAUAAUGGUUUCAUUACGUCAUUUUAGUAUGGUUCGAGGCGAUUUAAUAAUAUUCAUUUAUAUGAAUACAAGAUUUAUGAUUGAUGAUAUUUCAAGGUGUUAUGAGAAGAUUCCUUCUUAAUUUUCAUUUACAUGUUAACACGAUUCGCUAAUUCAUGUUGCCAUUUUAACAAUUCUUAAGAAUGUGAAGAGAAUAUGAAAGGUUAAAUUCCACAAAAACAAUUCAUUCAAAAUAUUAGCAUAAUUUUAAUAACCGAACAAGAAUUAUUAACAAACUUAAACAUUACGCUGCCGUUAUGAGACCAAGCUAUCUAGUAAAAGACAUAGUUUGUCUAUAGAAGAAAUCGUCACGAAGUCCAUACCGUCUGCUGCUAUAGAAACAAGAAAUAGCACAUUUCAAAGAGGGAGGAUUCUCUCUCCGAUCCGACACAAAACCUGUCUUAAUUAAUGACCCAACACCUUUACUAUAAAUAGUUAAACCUCGUAACCAUAGCCACAGCCAUUACUCCAGUCUAAUGACUGGGGGAGUUCUUUAUACAGACAAACUAUACAUUCCAAUUCUUCACCUGACGGAGGAUGUUUAUCACAGGGUUGGUUGCCUUUGCCUCAAUACACUCGCCAAGCUGGCGGGAGUAAAAACACUGGUGAGAAAUUGGUGGAAGAGAGUGGGGGAAAUUACUGGUGAGAGUGGCGAGCACUAAAAAAGUAUUUAAAUGUUACAUUUAAAUGUAUAAUUAUUUCAUUUAUUUUGUCAUUUUCGUGUGUUGUGACAAUAUGCCUCGUUAGCUUUUUCGUAAUGUUAUAUAUAUUCAAGAAUUGCUAAUAUACGAUAUAUUUUUAAUGUGUUGUGACAUUAUUAAAUGAUAACUUUCAAUAA